AUGUUGCAUCAAUUCGAACCGUACGAUGACAACGUCUCGGCUCUCGCCUUCUCUCACGACAACGAGGUGCUCGCCUCUGGCUCAAACGACCAGAACAUCAUCCUCUGGAAUGUCACGAGCGGGCAGGAAAUCAGGAGGCUCGAGCCGCAUGUCGCCGUCCACUCCCUCGCAUUCUCUCCGGACGGCUCCAAGCUCGUCGCGGGCGCGUACGACGGGUCCCUCUUCGUGUGGAACACUGCGACAUACGAGGACCCAGUCAAACUGAGCAGGCACGUUGCAGCCGUCACAUUCGCCGUGUUCUCUCCCGACGGUCGCUACAUGGCGACGGGUGGGCUAGAGAGCGAAUGCUACAUUUGGGACAUGGCGCGUCUCAAGCUCAACGGCCUCGUGUGGACAGUCGCGUGCUCCCCAGACGGGAAGAGCGUAGCGUCCUUGUCGAGCGACUCUACAUUUAAGGUGUACGACUUGUACAGCGUGGAUCCGAAGCUGUCGCUGGACGGACACGACAGCAUGAUCGGUGUGGUCGAGUUCUCUCCCGAUGGGAAUUACAUCGCGUCUGCGGCGUUGGACAGUACGAUGUGGCUGUGGAAGGCGGAGGACGGGUCUGCAUUGACGACGUACAAGGAUCACAGCAACAAUGUGACAGUCGUGGUGUUCUCUCCUGACAGUUCGACGCUCGCGUCUGGCUCGCAUGACGGGACUGUUUGCAUUCAGCCGCUCCAUAUGCCUACUGCUGGGUGA